CAAACGUACCAUACAAGUUCUUCACAGCGCAUAGCAGAGACCACUGUUUUCUUCUUCUUUUUUUCUUCUUUUAUUAUCAUUAUUUCAAGAGAGAAAUGGGAGUUGGAGGCACACUGGAAUACUUGUCUGAUCUAAUGGGUAGUGGGUAUCAGCAGAGGAAGAAAAAGAAGAAGCAGUUUCAGACGGUGGAGUUGAAGGUGAGGAUGGAUUGUGAUGGAUGUGAGCUUAAGGUGAAGAACGCCCUCUCUUCGCUGAGCGGAGUGAAAUCUGUGGAGAUAAACCGUAAACAGCAGAAAGUGACAGUAAGUGGGUAUGUUGAAGCAAACAAGGUGUUGAAGAAGGCGAAGUCAACAGGGAAAAAGGCUGAGAUUUGGCCGUAUGUGCCAUACAAUUUGGUGGCACAUCCAUAUGCAGUUGCAGCUUAUGAUAAGAAGGCUCCUCCUGGUUAUGUGAGGAGAGUGGAGAUUGCUGCUAACACUGGAACAAUCACAAGAUAUGAAGACCCUUACGUCACCAUGUUCAGUGAUGAAAACCCAAAUGCCUGCUCUAUCAUGUAGACAAAACAUGUCUGUCUUUUCGCACAGCAUUGUAAAUUUUCAAAUUUUAAUGCAGUGUUUUUGUCUUU